GACAGCGCCUACACAUGGAUCCUCAGUUCGGUGUAAACAGAGUUCGCCUUUUCGCACGAGUGCUCUUUCACAGGCGUUGCGAGAAAAAUCUGCUUGCUGUCGCACAUUGAAGGAGCAUGUUUCAAAACUGGAAGCAAAGCUGGUCGAGACUCAGUCGAGUUUAAAAAUUGCCCGGAAAAAUCUGUAUUACUGGCGAGCAAAAGAGACACUCAAAAGCAGAAAGCAACUGGCUGAAUCAGUAUUUACGGAGAAUCCUGAAAAAAUAUCACGCCACCGUACUUCAUAUAUGCCUUAUGGGUCGGUGUACUAUAAAAUCAGUUUACUGCGGAAGCAGAACACUUCACUUCGAAGGCAAGUGGAUAUUUUGAAGAGACGUUUAGACUCGGAAAUGCGAAUGGAACCUCAACUGUUCGAGUUGUACAGAAACACCAACAACAAUUUCCCACAAUCCCAGAACUUUUCUCCCGAGGAGUUUGAUUCCCAGUUGCUUGCUCUGAAGCAGAGAAACUAUUCUCUCACACAACAGCUCAAUGCGUAUCGUUCAUCAAAGCAAUCGAUCGAAAAACAAUGCAGCGAGCUUUCUACCCAGUUGCAAAACGUUGUGAAUGCACUACACACCAGUCGCCAAAGGGAACAACGGUCCCAGCGCACAAUUCAGCAUUUGACAAGUUGUCUUCAAAAAUUGGAAAACCUUCUCCAAGAAUGUGAUCAAGAAAUAAGUGAGGUUGAGUCAGUGCAGUCAAUGGCCUCACAGCAUGACUCCAGCGAUACGCAACGUGUCCAGUCUCACAGAAUAAUCUACGAAACUUCUCGCUCGCUGGCCACACGCUUGAAAGAACAUCUGAAACGACACGGAACCUCGAUGAAGGAACUGCAUCACAAACUCCUGGAGACUUCUCGGCAGUCUAACCGACGUCGAGGAUUAAUCGAGGAACUCAGGAAGUCACUUACAGACACCAGGAAUGCGCAGAAGCUUCUGGAAACUAAACUGGCCUCCACUAUAAAGGAAUCGAAUGAAGCAAAAAUGGCAGAAGGGCGUCUCCGCACAGAGGUAGAAAGCCAGCGAAUGCAGCUGAAGACCGCUUUGUGUGAAAAACGUGCCCUUACCGAGCAACUGCAUGAAUGUCGCGAGGCUUAUGAUGAAAUUGCACAGGCCUUAAAAAAUCCUAAACAUCCGGAACGUGAUAUCGUUACGAUGGAGAAACUCGGGCAAAAUCAACUCAAGCGUUUGGUCCUGUCACUGACAACAGAUCUGUCAAAACUCGCUUGCUACGCUUUACGGGAGAUACGAACACAUAUUGGCCAUCACUCGGGAACGAAUGGACCGCCGACAUCACCUCUGUCAGACGCAUCCAGCCUCCCAAGUGCACGAAGUUUGGCCCAAGCAAAAUCCAGAGCCGCGGAAAUCCUGGGUCUUUCACUGGAUGAAUUGGAUCAGCUUACCUCAGCAAUACCGGUUUUGGAAAAUACUUCCGAUGGUAACCAUAUCUGUUCCGAAGCAGAUGUUGCGCAUUCAAUCGAAGUGGCUUCUUCGUGGCCAAGUCUGUGUGCUAAUCUAUUAAAUCAAAGCCAAAUUCCAGUGGACCACCUUCAACACGUUUACCAGGAUAUAAUGAACGCAUUCGAUUCGGUGGUUCGUUUCAUUUUACAAUCGAAAUCCCAAGUCCCCUGCAGAAAUUCCAUGCAUUUCUGUGCAAUUCAUUCCACUCCUCCCGGUGAAUG